AUGGAUGUUGGGUUUAUGGAAGAACUGAAAAACAUAUUGGGUAAAAAGACGAAAUUGUCCUUGCCAAGAGUUUUUAUUGGUGGGAAGUACAUUGGUGGUGCUGAGGAGAUUCGUCAAUUACAUGAAGCUUGUGAGUUGAAGAAGUAUGUUGAAGGGUUAAUUCCAGCUGAUUUUAGCACGUGUGAAGUGUGUGGGGGACAUAGAUUUGUACUAUGUGAUGAAUGUAAUGGAAGUCACAAGUGUUAUAGUGAGAAAGGCGGAUUUAGAACUUGUAUGGGUUGUAAUGAGAAUGGUUUAAUCAGGUGCCCUUCUUGUUAUUUUGCACCAAUUACACUACUUUGA